AGUAGUCGCAAAAGCGCGUCAACGAAGACUCAUAAUUCGUGGACUCCGAGGAAAAACGACAAAAAAAAAAGUAUGCCUGUUCGUUGUUGGAGCGUUUUGCAAGUAGUCAGCUUGCUGUCAUUGGCAACUGUUUCGUCGGUUGUGGAGAACGAAGAAACAUUCAUCGUCAACUCGGUCAACAACGAUCUAGAUAACACAUGGAAGGCUGGCCACGACAAUGUCAUUCCAGUGGAUAACGGAAACUUCGGCUUACUAAUGGGCGUGUUGCCGCGAAACGACAACGCGUUCAGGUUCGCCCCCAUGAAGGAAACGAUGAACGACGCCAACGGCGACCUUCCUGAAAGAUUCGACGCCAGAGAACGAUGGCCCGAAUGUGCAUCGCUGUUGGACGCGAUCAAGGACCAGUCUAACUGUGGAUCUUGUUGGGCAGUAUCUGCGGCUUCCGUGUUCAGCGAUCGUCUGUGCAUAGCCACCCGAGGUGCCGUGGCCAGGAACCUGUCCGCGGAACAUUUGAACAAUUGUUGUUACCGUUGCGGCCAUGGAUGCGAUGGCGGGAUGCCCGAGAACGCGUGGUAUUUCUUCAGUCGGCACGGGAUCGUCACGGGCGGAGAUUACGGUUCUGACCAGGGCUGUCAACCGUAUAGCAUUUAUCCAUGUGGAAAAGGGAGGAACCAAUGUAUCGAUCCGGACCCAGACACACCAGAAUGCACUGUAAAGAGUUGCACCAACGCGCUGUACACCAAGGAUUACCGGUCAGAUUUAUACUAUGUUGACAUUGUAUACUCCUUGCCUAAUUCUGAGGAAGACAUCAUGGCAGAUAUAUACGAAAACGGUCCUGUCCAAGCAGCUUUCUGGGUCUACACAGAUUUCAUGUACUAUAAAAGUGGGGUUUACCGUUAUACGAGAGGCGAAAACGAGGGAGGUCACGCGAUUAAAAUCCUGGGUUGGGGAAUUGAAAAUGGCAUCAAAUAUUGGUUGUGCGUCAAUUCUUGGACCCGAUCAUGGGGUGAAAAUGGGCUGUUCAAGAUACUUAGGGGAAACAAUGAGUGUAACAUAGAACAACGCGUGAUUGCUGGAUUGCCGCAUGUACCGAGAAGAAAAUAAACACGAAAAUAAAUUAUAUACAAGUAUAUUAAUAUUUCAUAAUCCGAGUAUCGUCAGGUGUAAAAAUAUUGUUCUAG